AUGGUGAUGAUGAAUAUUAUGAACAAAGAUGAAAUUGAAGAUGAAAUUGUGGAUAUGUGGGUUAGGCAUGUGCCCAUGAACAUGAAUUCAGUUAGGGUAAGAUUUUCGUUCUCGAAUUCGUUCUUCAACAUUUAUGUUCUUCUCUUUGGUUCGAGGGAGCAUAUGAAAUUAGAGGAGAUUUUGGAGCAACAUUUGUGUGUUCUGGUGAAGUUGUUGCUUCUGCUGCACUGGUGGAACACUGUUGUUUCUGCUGCAAUGUUGCGGCUGGUGCAUCUGUGUGCUUCUGUUAUAUCCGUGGCCUGCUGUUGCUGGGGUGUUGCUGCUUCAUGUGGUCUUGAUGCUUUCUUGCUGAGGUGGAAGAUCAACACAGAUGCAGCCAUGCCAGAUGGAAAGAUAGGACUUGGAAUGAUUGUUAGAGACAACCUUAUCAACCCAACAGACGACAAAGAACCUAUACAUCAGGUCAUUAAGCGUAAGACUAAUGGAGGAGCAAAUUAUGCAUUUGAGUGUGUGGGUGAUACUGGAACUGUAACGACUGCUUUGCUCUCAUGUUGUGAUGGGUGGGGUUUGACUGUUACUCUUGGUGUACAAAAAGUGGAGCCUGAAGUGAAAGCUCGUUAUGGAUCUUCUGGAAGAACAUUGAAAGGGUCACUAAUUGGAGGGUGGAAACCUAAGUCAGAUAUUCCAAAAUUGGUGGACAUGUACAUCAGAAAGGAAAUCCCGAUAGAUCAAUUUAUCACUCAUGAUCUUCAAUUUGCUGAUAUCAACAAAGCUUUCGAGCUUAAGAUUGGUGGCAAGUGUCUACGCUGUGUAAUUCACAUGCCAAACUAGAUUUA